AUGAGUGAGAGCUUCGACUGGAACCACCAAGGUUUAAACUGGUCUCAUUUUCACUCUCUCGCGAAUCUCCUCUCACUUCGAAAUGGCGGCCAGGCCGAGCCUUCUUCGUUGUCCGAUAUAGUGCUCGAAGAAGAUUGGAAUCUCGAUGACAAUGAAGAUGGAGAUGCGGCCAGCUUGGAUACUAGACUUGCACAUAAGAUUUCAGAUUCGGGACAUGGGAGGCUCAAACGAAGGUUUCUUGAUUGUCUGGCCGAAUUCGCGGCUAACAAGAAGGGCGGGACAGCAGUUGCUUGCUCCGCCAUGAAGGAGGCUGAAGACAAUGUCGUUAUCUGGGUUGCUCGUAAUGAAGGCUUCUCGGAUGUGGAUAAGCCUGUGUUCGAUAGAUUGGGAAAGCUGCUUGCUUCGUUAUCCCGCAGCAAUGCUGGUCAAUCUGAGGCUCUCCUCUGGGAAGAGAUGGUCUUGUAUCAUCAGGAUCGGAUUGAACAUAGCUAUAUUCCUGACUUGAGGGCAAGCUUCAAAGCUUACGACCAUAUCAGUACGAGGAAGGAGACAGACACACCAGAAAACAAUUCAGCCUCUGAUGCUGCCCUAUCCGCCCUGCGCACUCUUCUCUUCGAUCGCAACACCAACAAUAUAAGCACUUUUGAGAAGCAUGCGAAGCUUGUCAUCGCAUCGUACAAUCUGCGUCGGACAAGAAAUGUCGAGGAGAUACUUCACAGCUCUUCAAGAGCGACUUCCAAAUCGAAGAGCUUGUGGUUACAUAUCUGCCUGUUCGCCCGGCUCCGAGUCACAUUCCAGAAUUGCAAAGACAUUGCUCUCACGCUUCCAAGUUUUGAACAAGUUACAAUCAUACUGGUCCCUCGUCCUCUUGCGCCUGCAAACCCAUCUCAGAACUCGCUCAAUUUGAAUCAGACUUUUGGUGUCCUCCAACUUGAUCUGACUCCUGAUACAGCUAAGGCUGUCUUGGGCCAAAAUUGGACCGUCGCCAAGGCUAAAGGCGAGUUCGCAAAACGACAGAAGCAAAAGCCCAACAUACACGCCGAGGUUCAAAUGCUCAUCUUUCUGACUACCAACGAAUCUGCCAAAUCAGGCUUGUUACCGUAUUUUGGAUGCAGCAAGCUCAGCUGCUUCAUGUGUAAUCGCUUUGUCCAGUCAUACGGGCGAUUCACCACAAGAGGGUGCCAUGGACGCCUCUUCAGACCAUGGACCGUGCCAAGUGUAGAUCGACUUCUACCUGGUCAGGCCGAUCGGAUAGCAAAGGCUCUUAUGUCAGUGCAAAAGGCGGUCAAGAGGAAAUUGAAAGCCUCGGUCGGGGGCCAUAUUCGGCACGAACGAACUUCGGUUAUGGGAGGAAGCAGCGUUUUGGACGGCCGGCAGGAGGAGUGCUCACAGAGACAGUCAACUGGGCGCGUUCACGAACCCCUAGAAGGAGAUGAGUCGGAAUGGGAGUGUGAUAUAUGUAUGAGACUGACGACGAGAAAGUGCAACAUUUGUAACAAAGGCUCCUUCUGCAGCGACGAUUGCCAGGAAAAAAGAUCCGGGCGCCAUUUGUUCACAUGCUCUAAACGUCCACUCACUUCCGCUGAUUAUCUUUGGAUGUCAUUGACAGAGGAUCGUAUGCCUCAAGAGGAGGAUGUUCUCGAGGAUUUCGGGUUUAACAAUGUCUCUUCUGUCAGGGAUAUGAGCUACCUUCUAGGGGUCUACGGAGGGCUCUAUCUUUCUGGCAGGUUCUCAGCUGAGGAAAUACAUGAGUGGCGUGUUGGAGGCAUCCUGGUUGAUAAAAUCAAGGACUUCUAUUACAGCAUCCCUGAGAGUUCCCGAGGAGGAUAUUUUCCUUGGUAUUUGGAGAAUCUCUCCAUCUUUGAGCGACCUAUGACGAAAGCUGAAGCGCAACAAAAGUUGAUAGCGACUUUCUACGACAAAUCCAGGCCUUACUUGGACAUUGAAGACCGUAAUAAGACCGCUAGGGAGCUAAAGCCAGAAGCCAAGGGAGCUAGUUACGACUUGCUGGCGGCAAUAUUACUCCAGAUGAGUCCUCAUCCAAUUCAAUUGGUCUGGUACUCUUUCGGAUUUGUAACUUGCCGUGGACAGGGCGAAGAGAGUAUGCUUGUAAGUCUCUACAAGCUUCUUCUCACCAAAAGUGAUGGAAGUCCCUUUUACGAGAUCAACAACCGUCAAAGAGGUAACAUUCAACCUGCUACAUUCACACAAUUCUGGAAAGCAUACGAAGCAGGAAGACUUAUCCAGCUCAUGGAUUCGAAGGGGCUGAAGGAAAUUCGAUCCGAGCUCCCUUUCCUAGAGGGCUUUUUAUCCGUGCCGCCGGUCGGAUCCCGGCCAUCCGUAUGGGACCUGAAGCAGUUUCUUGAGAUCAGCGAUCCUAUGGACCAUCCACCCGUUCCAUCGGUCAACGUUGACUACGGAUUCAUCAACUGCCGCACUUUCGAGGAAACUUGCACACUGAUGGAGAUUUACGGAAAGGUUCUGAAGACCGCAAAGCCACUGGAGCUCCACCAGGCGUGUGUGGCUGGUAAUUUGUUCGAAUUUGCAAGUAGUCAUCUUCGUAUGGAGGAGCGUUGGAGGCCGUUGAUGAGGAAUUUCUAUACUUUGUAG